AUGGAUUGUCACCUCUCCAUCCUCCUUCUUCUCAGCUGCUCUGCUCUCGAGUGCUUCGGGGAACUGACUCUCCAACCUUCCAAUGAAGUCAAUUUACUGGAUUCAAAAACCAUUCAAGGGGAGCUGGGAUGGAUCUCCUAUCCAUCACAUGGGUGGGAAGAGAUCAGUGGUGUUGAUGAACAUUACACACCUAUCCGGACUUACCAGGUGUGCAAUGUCAUGGAUCAUAGUCAAAAUAAUUGGCUGAGGACAAACUGGAUCCCCAGGAACUCAGCUCAGAAGAUCUAUGUGGAGCUAAAGUUCACUCUCCGGGACUGCAAUAGCAUUCCACUGGUUUUGGGAACUUGCAAGGAGACUUUCAAUCUGUAUUACAUGGAAUCUGAUGACGAUCAUGGAGUCAAAUUCCGAGAACACCAGUUUACAAAGAUUGACACCAUUGCAGCUGAUGAAAGUUUCACACAAAUGGAUCUCGGGGACCGUAUUCUUAAACUCAACACUGAGGUCAGAGAAGUAGGUCCUGUCAACAAAAAGGGAUUUUAUUUGGCUUUUCAAGAUGUUGGUGCUUGUGUUGCCUUAGUGUCUGUGAGAGUGUACUUCAAAAAGUGCCCGUUUACAGUGAAGAAUUUGGCUAUGUUUCCAGACACAGUACCCAUGGAUUCCCAAUCUCUGGUGGAAGUUAGAGGUUCUUGUGUUAACAAUUCUAAGGAGGAAGAUCCUCCUAGGAUGUACUGCAGUACAGAAGGUGAAUGGCUUGUACCCAUCGGCAAGUGCUCCUGCAAUGCUGGCUAUGAAGAAAGAGGUUUCAUGUGUCAAGCUUGUCGACCGGGUUUCUACAAGGCUUCAGAUGGUAAUAUGAAGUGUGCUAAGUGUCCACCUCACAGUUCUACUCACGAAGAUGGUUCAGUGAACUGCAGGUGUGAAAAUAAUUACUUCCGAGCAGACAAAGACCCUCCAUCCAUGGCUUGUACCCGACCUCCGUCUGCACCGAGAAAUGUGAUAUCUAAUAUAAACGAGACCUCGGUUAUCCUGGACUGGAGUUGGCCCCUGGACACAGGAGGCCGGAAGGAUGUUACCUUCAACAUCAUAUGUAAAAAAUGUGGGUGGAAUGUAAAACAGUGUGAGCCGUGCAGUCCAAAUGUCCGCUUCCUCCCUCGACAGUUUGGACUCACCAACACCACGGUGACAGUGACAGACCUCCUGGCACACACUAACUACACCUUUGAGAUCGAUGCCAUUAACGGGGUGUCAGAGCUGAGCUCACCACCAAGACAGUUUGCUGCAGUCAGCAUCACAACUAACCAGGCUGCUCCAUCACCUGUCAUGACGAUUAAGAAAGAUCGGACAUCCAGAAACAGCAUUUCUUUAUCCUGGCAAGAACCUGAACACCCUAAUGGGAUCAUAUUGGACUAUGAGGUCAAAUACUACGAAAAGGAACAAGAAACAAGUUAUACGAUUCUCAGGGCACGAGGCACUAAUGUUACCAUCAGUAGCCUCAAGCCUGAUACUACAUAUGUAUUCCAAAUCCGAGCCCGGACCGCAGCUGGAUAUGGGACCAACAGUCGCAAGUUUGAGUUUGAAACUAGUCCAGACUCUUUCUCCAUCUCUGGUGAAAAUAGCCAAGUGGUAAUGAUUGCCAUUUCAGCGGCGGUAGCAAUUAUUCUCCUCACAGUCGUCACCUAUGUUUUGAUUGGGAGGUUCUGUGGCUAUCAUAAGUCAAAACAUGGUGCAGAUGAAAAAAGACUUCAUUUUGGGAAUGGACACUUAAAACUUCCAGGUCUCAGGACUUACGUUGACCCACACACAUAUGAGGACCCUACCCAAGCAGUUCAUGAGUUUGCUAAGGAAUUAGAUGCCACCAACAUAUCCAUUGACAAAGUUGUUGGAGCAGGUGAAUUUGGAGAGGUGUGCAGCGGCCGUUUAAAACUUCCUUCAAAAAAAGAGAUUUCAGUGGCCAUCAAGACCCUAAAAGUGGGCUACACAGAAAAGCAAAGAAGAGACUUCUUAGGCGAAGCAAGCAUUAUGGGACAAUUUGACCAUCCCAAUAUCAUUCGACUGGAGGGAGUUGUUACUAAAAGUAAACCUGUUAUGAUUGUCACAGAAUACAUGGAGAAUGGUUCCUUGGACAGUUUCUUACGUAAACAUGAUGCCCAGUUUACGGUUAUCCAGCUGGUAGGGAUGCUUCGAGGCAUAGCAUCUGGCAUGAAGUAUCUCUCAGACAUGGGCUAUGUUCACCGAGACCUUGCUGCCCGCAACAUCUUGAUCAACAGUAAUUUGGUGUGUAAAGUUUCUGAUUUUGGACUUUCACGGGUUCUAGAAGAUGACCCAGAAGCGGCUUACACAACAAGAGGAGGGAAGAUCCCAAUUCGGUGGACAUCACCAGAAGCUAUAGCCUACCGCAAAUUCACAUCAGCCAGCGAUGUAUGGAGUUAUGGGAUCGUUCUCUGGGAGGUGAUGUCCUAUGGAGAGAGACCAUACUGGGAGAUGUCCAAUCAGGAUGUAAUUAAAGCUGUGGAUGAAGGCUAUCGACUGCCACCCCCCAUGGACUGCCCAGCUGCGUUGUAUCAGCUGAUGCUAGACUGCUGGCAGAAAGACAGAAACAACAGACCCAAGUUUGAGCAGAUUGUCAGCAUUCUGGACAAGCUUAUCCGGAACCCAGGCAGUCUGAAGAUCAUCACCAGUGCGGCAGCAAGGCCCUCAAACCUUCUCCUGGACCAAAGUAACAUCGACAUUACUACCUUCCGAACAACAGGUGACUGGCUUAACGGUGUCCGAACAGCACAGUGCAAGGAAAUCUUCACAGGCGUAGAGUACAGUUCUUGUGACACCAUAGCCAAGAUUUCUGCAGACGACAUGAAAAAGGUCGGUGUCACUGUGGUUGGGCCACAGAAGAAGGUCAUCAGUAGUAUUAAAGUUCUAGAAACACAAUCCAAGAAUAGUCCAGUCCCAGUGUAA